AUGACGAUGGCUGGGCGCAACGACGACUCCUCUGACAGCGGGCUCGUGGCAGGCAAGAGAGAGCCCACCGCCGAAACUCUAAACUCGUUGCCGUCGGCAUCGCCGCUUCAGUUCCAAAGGUUUCUGGAAUCGAGCAAAGGCUCCUCUUCCGCCUAUGAGUUCGAGAGAAAGCGCCUUUUUCGUCAACACAUCUCCUCCGCGAACGAGUCCUUGGACUUCAUUUCCAUCCGAUCUGCCUCAGAUCCGCAUUGCUCUCAUCGUUUGUUCGUCUCAAAUCUACGUCGCCAAGGUCUUCCAGCCACUGUGCUGCUCUUGUUGCAACACCACACCUCCGCCACUUGCACCGCCUCCGUUCUUGCGCAUAGACGCACAAGAUCGUCCCCGUGGUAUAAUGUUGCUGUGAAAUGUGCUACUAUAACUCCUGUGGCAACUUAUUACUUAUAUACAACUUAUGUUCAUCCCUUUAUUUGCUCCCUUGCUACUAUUAUACUCAUGUCACCAGAUGAAGUCUUGCACAAAGGCAAUGGGACCCUCUGUGAAAUGUUACUCAUGGUUCAGGCAUACAAAGCAAAUGUUAUAUGUCCUAACAAACACCAAUCCGACAAAGAGAAAUUUUAUAGCAAUCAUCUUCUUGAGAUUCUUGCGCUUUACAGGUUUUGGUGGGGAGGAUUUUGGAAGUGGCUUCAGCUUGAUCAACAUUUCUUGGAGCCGAGGGACUAUUCUCUCUACUAUUCUUUUCUUGAUCAUAACUGUUUCCAUUCUUCUUCUCUGGAGACUCGGACUUCUCUGACAAAGAAAGCGAAGCCUCCUCUCCGAUCUCAGCACCGUUUGUGGCCAAUCGAAGAUCCAUGAACUGUCUUGGCACUGCGUCUUGCUUCUUCUCCUCCUCCUCCUCCUCUGGCUUGUGUUGUUGCAUCAAAGCCACCACCUUGCAUCUGCAGGGCCUUGUAUUCCGCGGUUACACAAUCUAGCCUCUCUCUCCAUUGAUUCUCCACCUUCAUUCGCUCCAACUCUACCAGAAUACAACUGUCUGAUCAUGGAUGGGUCUUUUUUCGUGUGAAUUUGGUGAGAUGUUGUUGUCAACAACGAAUUGAUCGCUGCUCGUGUUGGUAGUAAGAAGAUUCAGACCAGUCUGAAAUAAUGAAUGAAAAUUGAGAAACUUCGGAUACGUAAUUUAGAAGUAAAGACAUGGUAUUGGUUGGGAAUGCUUGCAACAACCUUUCAUGUCAUGGCAAUGUGUCUUAGGAUCUGUCACUAGGAUUGGUUUAUAGCCUAAUUUGUUGUAACAUAGUUAUAAGCUUGUAGCAUUUUUUAUUUUUUAGAUUUGUAACAUGAGUUAUUACUU